AGAGCCAGAAUAUGUGUUUGCUUUGAGAAUGAAGAGACUGUGGGGGACUUUUCUGGUACUGUGCUCCACUGGGAAACACAUGCUAAUUAAUUCCAUCUCCUUUGCCUAAGUGUCUUCCUCAUAGACGCACACACACUGUCACCUUUAACUUCGAUUUGCUUCAUUCGUAUUCAGGGCGUCUUAACAAGUAGGCAGAAUGGGAUGCGUGAUUGGAGGGGAGGCACCAUGCCAGACCAAAAAUAGCUCCCUCUCAAACAGGUGCAGAGGGGCCUGAGAUUCCACCGUUGCAGUCUGUUCCCUUCCGAGGCAGUAUGUUGCCGUGUAAAUCCCAGCUCCUUCAGGUUUUACUGUGCUGGACCGCCGCUCCUCCUGCUAUGAUGCCUGGGCAGAUUCCGGACCCUUCCGUGACUGCGGGCUCUCUGCCAGGGCUCGGCCCCCUGACUGGACUCCCCAGCUCAGCUCUGACGGUGGAGGAGCUGAAAUACGCCGACAUCCGCAACAUCGGGGCCAUGAUAGCUCCCUUGCACUUCCUGGAGGUGAAACUGGGCAAGAGGCCCCAACCCGUGAAAAGUGAGCUAGACGAGGAAGAGGAGCGAAGGAAAAGGCGCCGGGAGAAGAACAAAGUUGCGGCGGCCCGAUGCCGGAACAAGAAGAAGGAGCGGACGGAGUUUCUGCAGCGGGAAUCUGAGCGGCUGGAACUCAUGAAUGCGGAGCUGAAGACCCAGAUCGAGGAGCUGAAGCAGGAGCGGCAGCAGCUUAUCCUGAUGCUGAACCGGCAUCGCCCCACCUGCAUCGUCCGCACCGACAGCGUCAAGACCCCCGAGUCGGAAGGCAACCCGCUGCUUGAGCAGCUAGAGAAGAAGUGACCAUGGGCUGGGAGGAGGCGGCGGAGGAGGAGAUGGGAAGAGGGGGGAGGAGGCGGCGGCUCCCAGAGCGCCCUUCCUUCGUGCGUGAAAAACUUUACAGUGAGGUCAGCACAGCCAGCGUCGGCCACGCUUCUUUGUGGAACUCAGAUCCGCCUCACAAGGGGAAGAACCGGCUGACGAAACCCAGAAGGACCAAGCGCUGAGACCAAAGUAAACCCGAGGUUGGGGCUGUCCUGCUGCGGCCCAGCUUGAAGGAGGCAGGACAGAGGCACCGGCCGGAGAGACACCCAACCAGGCAGCCUGGGGCGCUUCUCUGGCCUCUCCGCCAGGGCGCCCACCCGAGGGACCUCCGAGCAGCCAGGAAAACCCAUGAGUUGCAACCAAAAUUGGGCUGAGGAUGGAACUGAGAGGGAAACUGCAACCUGCCUGCCCCCCGCCCCCUGCCCCCAUGCGAGGCUGGAGAGGGGCGUGAUGCGGGGGCCCUGCUGCACCCACCCACCCACCCACCUCGGUCGGCGCGGCACUGCCGGGAGCAGCAGCCAGGCGCCCUCGCCGGCCCUGCUGGAGUUUGCUGUGGGCACGAGGCGCGGGCGCCCUUCCAAAGCACAUACUCACUGAAUGUUUACAGACUGGCUGUCCUGGCAGGGCUUUCAACUGCACAUGUUUUUUAUACUUUCUUUUUUUUUUUUUUUUUUAAUAUUUUUUACCAAAAAAAAAAGAUUUUAUACAAGCAAUAUAUAUGUGGAUUUCUAUAAUCACUCGAUGUGAUACAGCAUAGAUAUGCUACGGUUUGUUUGUU